AUAACUAACCCAACAUAAGGAAGGCUAUGCCUGAACGGUUCCAGAUCCCAUGAAACUGUAACAAGUUCAAAGUUUUUUAAAGCAUGGCGAGCAAGCAGCCCGAUGAUAAAGGACCAAGGACCAAUACGAAUCAAGACAAGAAUCACAUUCCAAGGGGCACAUUGGAAAAUCCUAUGUCACCAUUUCAAAGGAGCAACAUAUCUAAAAACGGGCAAACAAGAGGUAGACAUAAUGAUGAGUUGGAGUAUGAUGCUGUUAUGGACUCGGGGCCAACAACACACUCUCAAGCAUAUGAGUUUCAGGAUCAAAUACCAAACCUUGUUGACGUGGUUGUCAUAUAUUCCAAUGAGGAUUUUGAUCUUGUGAAAACUAAAUUUGUUCCAUGGCUCACAGACUUGGCAAGGGAAGCUGAAGAUAUUCUUUCAGAUCCAACAAUACAUUUGUAUGAUGAUUAUGAUAUUUUCCCACAAGUUAAUGUCCACAGACAAACAGAGGAAGUGUCAGCAAAAUGUAUGAAGAUAUUGGUUUUUAUCACUGAUAAUUUAAUGAAGAAUGAAAAGCUGAAACAUCUGGUGGAAGAACUGAUCGAACUGACAAAGUUUAUGGAUAAAGAUGAAGCCAGAAAUCACAUUGCCAAAAUAUCUGGUUUAACCAGUAAUCAGAAAAUUGUAGAAUAUCUUUUUGAUUGUAUUCUACGUCAAAGGGGAAAUGCUAUUAUCCCUGUUCAAACAAAAGCUGAAAAGAUUGGAUUUACAGGACUUAGGUCAAUUCGCUCAAUCCAGUUUUAUGAUUUAACAGAGAAUCCUCGUUUUAAAGAAUAUGUAGCAACUGGUGUCAUCAAGGCAGCUAUAAAGGAGAGAAAAUUACAAAAGAAUGUUGUUGGUCAUAUGAAAAGGAGUCAAAAUCGAGAUAUUAAUGAUUGUCCGAACAAUUCUUCUAGAAAACAAGCACAUGCUACUACAGUGCAUAAGAACAGGAAUCAGAAUCAAGGUUCUGCUGCCAGGGUAAUUUCAAACUCGGCUUCUGAUAAUCCUGUUGAAAAUCAAUUAAAUAAUGAAGCAAUCCUCUCCACUGGGCCCUCCAAUGACUGUAUCACUGGGCCCUCCACUGACCGUAUCACUGGGCCCUCCCCUGACCGUACCUCUGGGCCAUCCACUUACCGUACCACUGGGCCAUCCACUGACCGUACCACUGGGCCCCCCACUGACCGUAUCGCUGGGUCUUCCUCUGACCAUAUCACUGGAGCCUCCACUGACCGUAUCACAGGGCCCUCUACUGACCAUUUUACCAGGCCCUCCACCAGUUCUGAUGUUCCUGCAAAUCAGACAAAUGGCAUCCAGUCUGAUGUGCCACAUCCAAGUGAAGUAUGGAAGAAGGAGACAGAAGAAGUGAAUACCGUUGUCAUCAGUGAAGAGAUUCCAGCUGAUGGUGCUACAGCUGCUUCAUCCAAUGAGAAUACCAUUCAUGAUGACAGUUUAGAGACAGACCGGGUCAAAUCUGCUAUGGACAAGAGUGAAGACGGGAAGAUAAUAUCCUCAAAAUUAAGUGAGUCCGAAGAAUCCAAGUCAGAAAAUGACUCAGCAGAGACUAGUCUUGACAACACAGGUUUAGUUAAUGACUCAGGUGAUGCAGCAUUGAGGAGUUCAAAUUUAGACCAUUCAAAGGAGAGCAUGCUUAGUAUAGAUGUAGGAAAAGUGGAGGGAGAAACUUUCAUAAAAAAUGAAAUGAUGAUGGAUACCACAGACAGAGGGAGCAAGGUAAUAGAAAAUAUUUUAACCCACAGUGGAGUGCCUGAUCCUUUUGCAAGAGGAGUAAUGGCAGGUAUACCCUGUGCAGAAGGCUUAGCGGGAGAGCAUUCAGUUGGAAAGUCUAAUUCAACAGCACAUGUACCUGAAGAACCCCCUCCAGGCUACUUUCAAGGCCUGUACCCAUUCCUUACAGGUUUAAACAGUGACAAAAUGCCUGUUUUGAAUAUUGUCCACCAUCACCUCUAUCAGAAGUCUGAUCCACAACCUCCAGCACAGCCUUCUAAGCCCGAGAAACCAUCAACCAUCAAUGUGUAUGGUGCUAACACUGUAAUGAUUGGAAAACACUCUCAUGCCAUCAUGACAGAAACUGCAGUGAUAUCAAAGGAUCAUUUAAAAUCAAAUGAGCCUGAUGAUCCCACAACACCACAAGAAACAAAUGAAAAAGAAUCAUAUUCUGGGUCAGAAUCUUCAAGAAGUAUUUCUACAUCCAGUGAAGAAACAUUGUCAUCUCCUCCUCAUCAACUAAAUACUCUAAACUUUCCAGAGCCUGCAAAACAAAACAAGGAAUGGAGAACGGAUGAUCAGAAUGAUGACAAGAACAAUUCUGUUCAGCCGACAGCGAAAAUGGAGACUACGAAUGAUUUCAGCAGUAGUGAUGAAGAUAACUCUUUUGAACACAGCUCUUCAGUGUCCACAGACGAACAUAGCCCUCUUAAGGACAGCUGUCCUGUUUCCACACAGGGAGCAACAGGUGGUGGCUCAAAAAGCAAAUUGGAGGAAAGAAAGGAAACCAAUUUGAAAGAUAUAGAGGAAUUGAACAUUCCAAUAUCUACAACUAAAGCAGAUGACAUAUCAGGCUAUUCAAAUGACCAAACAUGGCAAGCAGAUGUUGAAGCUAUACUUGGUUCAUCUCUAACUACGGAUUUGGAGAGUCUAGUUGCCAGUGAGACACUGGGAAAAAGAGUGGACACUGAAACCUCAACACAUGUUAGAGAACAUCUGGUACACAACGAAGAAAGUCAGGCAGAAUUACAGACUAGAGUUAGAGAAGGACAGACAACAUAUUUGUUUGGCUCAGUGUUAGCUCAUAAGCAACAGUUCCAUCUAUUUCAGAGUGCUUUCAGGCCAAACCCUGUAGGUAUGAUGGCCCAGUGUCCUGUAUUAUCACAAGGAGAAAAUAUUAAUCACAAUGACCAGGAUGAUGAUCUUGAUUAAUUCUUUAGUAACAAAUUCUCCACAUGCAGCUUUACAGUAAUGUAAAUUACAAAGAAUAAUGUCAUGUGUAUUUCCAUAUAUGGAUAUUGCCUACUAGGAUCAACAGACACAAGAGUACCGAUGUAUAUUCAUAACCAGAUGGUUGCUGGACACAGAAAAAAAAGCUGUUUGACUUGCUAACAGGUGUUGUCUAAUUAGUGGUAUUUUCUUUAUUUGACAAUUAAAUUAAAAUGAUAAUUGUCUUUUUUUUUGCAACAUUUGGUUCUAUCAAAACAUCUCUUCCCAUUUUUACCUCGAUUCAGCAACUUUGUAAACUCUUCUCUCAGAGGAUAUGAAGUUUUCUUAUUAUAUUGUUUAAGUAAAUUUUCUAAAUAUCAAGAAGAAUUAUGAUCCUUGCAUAAUCAGACUGGCAGGACUGGUGUCACAUGUCCUGUGGAUAUUGAUUUGCCUUUGAAAUGUGACCAAAAAACGUAUAAAAAAUUUUUUUUUUUAAUCUUGUCAAGUUGUAUGUAUGUUUGCUCACCAAUGGUUUUAGGUGUACUUGCAAUUACAAACAUAUUGUGUAAAAUGUGAUCUAUACUUUGAGUGUGUAAUUGUUUACCUAGUACAAUGUUUAUGACUUGUACAAUGUAUUUAACUUUACAAUUUGUAUGCUUGUGAUGCAGGUUUACUUUUAACCAUAGUGAUCAGUUUUCUGGAUAAAUUAACCAGGUAUUAUAAAAUCAUAGAUAUUCGUUUGGCUCAUAUUUCUUUGUUUUACAAAAAUGUAUAUUUUUGUUGGCACUUAAUUUCAUGGAUAAAUCUUACUCACGAAAUCUACCUGUACUACUUUCCAUGUCAACGUUUAUCUGUUCACCAUCUUGUAGACUUUGUUGAUUAAAAGUAACAACAAGUUUAAUGAGAAUAAUCUCACUAAUGACUUUACUGUGGUAUAUAAUAUACCCAUGUUGUUUAUAUAAUAUUUUGUGACUUGAUUUUGUGUCGUGAUAAAGGGGGAAGAUUGUCUUGAAAAAUUUGACAAUUAACUCAUCCGCACUGUUGUUAUUAUGUCAUUGAUCAUUAACAAAUGUUUUUCCUGUUAAUAUUUCAUAUCAAAUAUAUAAAAAUACAAAGACAUUAAACAAUAACACUGGAAACGAUGUUCCAAAUUUUCAGGUCUUGCGGACAUCUUCAAGCCAUUACAUUGAUUGCUUCGACAUCAUGCUUUGUAUUUUUAUAUAUAAAUUAAACGGGUCUUAUAGAGCCAACGUCGCUAUCUAGGUAAGUGUGUGGUUCAGUGUGGUACUUCACUUGAGGUUGGAUACCUAGGGGUAUGCAGGGUGACUGACGGAAUAUCUACAUAAUAAAGGGUAAGGAGUUGAUAGCAACAAACUCAAGUGUCACCGGUUUAGUAGCUGGUUAGACUUUAUUGUCGACUAGUUUGGCCUGAUGAAGCCUCGACCGGAGGCAAAACUAAUCAACAAUAAAGUCAAACCAGCUACUAAACUGAUGACGCUUGAGUUUGUUGUGAUUGACUCCUUACCCUUUUUUAUACAUAUAUGAUGUAGAGGUAACAUUUUACAAAGCAAGUCUGUGAUAAUCUGUUUUAUUUCUUGGUAAAAAUAGUGUUUUCGCUGAUUUUAAUUUUUCCUGCAAAAUAUAUUUCCAGAGGCAGAGCUUGUUGAAUCUUUUGAGGGUGAAAUUACUUUUUUCUAUAAAUUUUAUGUAAGCAUUGGUGUAAAGAACUUUCUACUUCUUCAUCUCCUAGAUAUAUACAGUAUUUUCUAAAUUAUAUGAAUGUGACAGAGUUGUUAGUAAUCAGAUCUAAGUGGUCAGAAUGACCAAUAACUAUUGUACUGAGUUCCCUUGUGUCCUACAUGAACACUUUUUAUGUCAGUGAGAUUGAAGA